CAAUGUCUGAGCAACAUUUAAAAUUCCCUUCUGGUAAAUGCCCUUCGCUUCUCGGGUGCUGCACGCUUCGUUCUAGUGUAGCAGUGCUCAGAUAGGGCGCAAUCUGUUUCGAUGAAUCUUCGGGGAUUUUGACUCGAACAAUUACCUCGACAAAGUUUCUCGUCCAAAUGUCAGCCCACCAUGAAGGCCGAAGAAGGUGUCCAGCUGCCCAAUCGUAAUGAAGAAAAGACGGCAGGCUCGAUUUUGACUAAAGCGGAGCCUGAGAAAGCUUCGAAACCGGAGCCCGUAAGCCGGGAAAGAGAAGGCGCAGUACAACAAUCGUGCGGGAGGCGACAACCAAAGUUUUGCGACAACAGCAUCCUCUCCUUUCUCCGCUGGUGGCUCGAAGACCAAUGGUUCUUGGUUGCACUGGCAUUUCUCAUCGUGUUGGCUUCGCAGGUUCAAGUGAACAAGUCCCAGCAGGAGCUGAAGACCACGGUUGUUUCGUAUCUGUGUGUAUCUCUGAUCUUCUUCCUGACCGGCUGCACGCUGUCGACACGAACGCUUCUUGAGAACUACGCAAAGUGGAAGCUACAUCUCUUCGUCCAGGUUCAAUGCUUUCUCAUGACGAGCGCAGUUAUCUAUGGUAUCGUCAGCGCUUGUGCCGCGAAGAAAGACUUCAUGGACGCGGGCUUGCUUGUCGGUCUGAUAUUCGAGGGCUGUGUCGCAACGACCAUAUCAAGUAAUGUUGUAAUGACACGCACUGCCCAUGGCAACACCGCGCUUACUGUGGUCCAAUCAACCGUCGGGAAUUUUUUAGGACCAUUUAUUACGCCUGCGUUAAUUUCAAUGUAUACAUCAACUGGAGCCUGGUAUACGAAAGUACUCCCAGUAGAGAGAGGUGGUUACGGCGAAAUAUACCGACGAGUGUUCAAGCAGCUGGGUCUAUCCAUAUUCGUGCCACUGGUCGUUGGGCAAAUUUUGCAGAACUUGUUUCCGGGACCCAUAAAAGGAACGAUAGAACGUUGCAAGCUCAACAAGCUCGGGUCUGUAGCCUUGUUAGUUGUGAUAUGGUCGACAUACGAUGAAGCAUUCAGCAGCCAUGCCUUCGACUCUGUAAAGACAAGCAACCUGGUCUUUAUAGUGUUCAUAAGUAUUGCAUUGUUUUUCCUCUUUCUCGCCGUGACUUUUGUCUCAUCAAUGGCUUGGCUCUCGAAGGCGGACACUAUAUCUGUCUGCUACUGCGUACCUGCGAAAAGCCCAGCUCUAGGAGUGCCGUUGGCAAACGUUAUGUUCACCGGUCUGAGCACUCAGCUUAAAAGCAAGAUCCAAAUGCCGAUGGUAAUUUAUCAAGGGCUGCAGAUCUUUGUCGGAUCUUUGCUGACGCUAGUCUUUCGCAAGUGGGUCAAAGCGGAUGAAGAGGUCGAGAGAGGCAUGCGUGCUUGACGACAAUGCGUUAGAUUCUGAUGUGAAUACACGAUCAAAGGAUUUGGUACUUGAGAGUGGAGGAGUUUCUAUUAUGCUUCCGUCCGACAUAAAGAUAGAUAUAGCAGAACAGUUAUGGAUUUCCUUGCUCAACACGAGAAGUACAUGAAGAUACGUCAUGCAAAUUUCCAUAGUAGAAACGCAUUCAAUGUAUUAGAUCACUAUGAGA